UUUAUCUUCACCGUUGAUAUUACGGUUAUACCAUUUCUACAGUUUGCACACUACAGGUUACGGUAGUUUACAGUUUUCCGUUACUCAUUAAUAAAAGUACAUCUCUAUCAAUUUAUUGAAAGAGAUUAGUAAGUCAUAGAAUAUUCAAGAUUUCGUCACCAAGCAUAUAUCCAAUCAUGUUUGAAAACUUGAAGGCGUUUAUCAGACAUGGUAAACAGGCCAAUGAGUUCAAAAAGAAUAAAUUGACCCAGGCCGAUAUAGAUUUUAUUAAUCACCAGAGAGACCUGGACUUUACCUUGAAUACACAAGUGGAUGAAUCGGAAAAGUAUGGUUUUAUUGAGCAGCAGCAGCAACAGCAGCAACAACAACAGCAGCAACAGCAGCAGCAGCAGCAGCAACAACAACAACAACAACAACAACAACAACACCAUCAACAUCAACAACAAUAUCAAGAAAGAAAACAGGCUGAAGAGCGUGCUUUUAAAGCCCAACAACAAGCUGAAAUGCAAUACGCUCAAGCCCAAUACGAAGCUACAUUAAAAGCAGAAGCCGACCUUGAGCACACCAGAAAGGCCGAACAAGAACAAAAAAACUACGAUUCGUACGCUUCCCAGAUAGUAGAACAAGAAAAGAUACAACGUCAAAAAUCAGUAAAAUACCCUAAAUUAGAAAAUUACCAAAUCUUGGAACAAAUGGGAGAAGGUGCCUUCUCCAUUGUUUAUAAAGCCAAACAUUUACCCAGUAAUCAAUUGGUUGCCAUUAAGAUAUUACGGAAAUUUCAAAUGGAUCAAAAUCAAAAGCAAGCGGUUUUGAAAGAAGCCACCAUCAUGAGACAAUUGAAUCAUCCCAAUAUCGUUAAAUUUGUUGAAUUUAUCGACUCGGACGUUUAUUACUACAUUGUUCAAGAAUUAGCCACUGGAGGUGAGAUUUUUGCUUCAAUUGUUAAUUAUACCUAUUUAAGUGAAGAUUUAUCCCGUCAUGUUAUAACCCAAGUCGCUCAUGCUAUAAGGUACUUACAUGAAGAAGUUGGGAUUGUUCAUCGAGAUAUAAAACCAGAAAAUUUGUUAUUUUUACCAAUUGAUUUCAUCCCCCUGAAGGACCCUCAAUCCAAAUUAAGAAAAUCCGACGAUCCUAAUACUAAAAAGGAUGAAGGUGAAUUUAUUCCAAAUAUUGGUGGUGGUGGUAUUGGUCAAGUUAAAUUAGCCGACUUUGGUUUAUCAAAACAAAUUUGGGAACAUAAUACUAAAACCCCUUGUGGUACUGUUGGUUACACUGCUCCAGAAAUCGUAAGAGAUGAAAAAUACUCAAAAGAAGUUGAUAUGUGGGCUCUUGGUUGUGUUUUGUAUACUUUAUUAUGUGGGUUCCCUCCCUUUUAUGAUGAACGUAUUGAAACUUUGACUGAAAAAGUCGCUAAAGGUGAAUACACUUUUUUGAAACCCUGGUGGGAUGAGAUUAGUCAUGACGCUAAAUACUGUGUUUCUCGUUUGUUAACGGUUGAUCCUUCAAAACGUUAUACCAUUGACGAUUUCUUAAAUGACCCAUGGAUGCGUAAAGUUUCUCAACAAAAGGUUCAUCUUCCUCCUUCUUCCACUACCAAGAAAUCUUCCAAUCAUCCAAUGGGUAAAUAUAAAAUGGCUUCUAAUAACGAUUUAUAUUCUCCUGCUGCUGUGGCUUUAAGAGAUGCCUUUGAUAUUUCUACUGCAGUUCAUAGAAUGGGUGAAGAAGCUGCUCUUGCUAAUAAUAAACACAUUCCAAAUAGUGACAUUCAUCAACUAUUAGAAGAAGAAGAAGAAGAAAAUGAAGAAGAAAUCGACCGUUCAGGCAAAGUCAUUAACUCUCACCCAAAUUAUCAACCUCCUCAACAACAAGAAAUUCCAAAUGAUUUAUUCGACUUAAACUUGGGUGGUGCCUCCAUCUUGGAAAGAAGAAAAAAUAAACCAGUAGCUUGCAGAGGUUAACCCAUUUGUAUCUUUCUUUUCUUUGUUUAUUUAAUUCUUGUUAUAAUCUUUUUUUGUUAAAUAUUUGUAUUCAUGAUUAACGUCUAUUUAUUAUGCGUAUUAAUA